AUGGGUAAAUGCAAAAAGAAGAUGAAGAAGAUGAAGAUGAAGAAGAACAAGAACAAGAACAAGAACAAGAACAAGAACAAGAACAAGAACAAGAACAAGAACAAGAACAAGAACAAGAACAAGAACAAGAACAAGGAGGAGGAGAAGGACAUACGUCAUCGAUUUGGCUUGUCGAGGUCGAGCAAUGGCGCGCUCGAAGAUGCAAGUCGUCCCAUUGACACUACAUCUGAGCCAAUUGUCAAUGAUGUGCUCUCCCCUGCACCGAAAAAAAAACGGAUAUUGGAAUCACCUUUCGCAUUGUGGAAAUGCGUUGCUGCUAUCUGCUUUAGGAAUGCAACGGACCUUUGA